AUGUCUUCAUCAGGUCCACACAACACACGGGGAAGAAAUAACGCUGGGAUCAGAACUCCAACCAUCAUCAUCAACCAACCGCCAUCAUCAUCAACCAACCGCCAUCAUCAACCAACCGCCAUCAUCAACCAACCGCCAUCAUCAUCAACCAACCGCCAUCAUCAUCCAACCGCCAUCAUCAACCAACCGCCAUCAUCAUCAUCAACCAACCGCCAUCAUCAACCAACCACCAUCAUCAACCAACCAUCAUCAUCAACCAACCGCCAUCAUCAUCAACCAACAUCAUCAACCAACCGCCAUCAUCAUCAACCAACCAACCAUCAUCAUCAACCAACCGCCAUCAUCAUCAACCAACAUCAUCAACCAACCGCCAUCAUCAUCAACCAACCAACCAUCAUCAUCAACCAACCGCCAUCAUCAUCAACCAACCAACCAUCAUCAUCAACCAACAUCAUCAACCAACCGCCAUCAUCAUCAACCAACCGCCAUCAUCAUCAACCAACCGCCAUCAUCACCACAGAGAUCCCACUCCAGCCAGCACUGGGAUUCGAACCCGAGACUCCAAAACAAUAG